UAGGACUAGAAAAAGUAAAACCCUAGCAAGCUGUCUUUAUUUUUUUCACAAGUUCCCCUUUACUGUUUAAGGCAGCAAACUACCAGUAUAAGAGAAGUUUUUAAAUAAAAAACUAUCAAAAAAAGUUACAAGAUCUAGGUGAAACUGUACAUAUGUAUCUAAACCAGUUGCAGAUAUAUUUAUUUCUCUACCAGUCCCCUCCAGAGCCCUGGCACAUACCAACUGCAAAAUGAGUUUGCAGAGAACAUUUUCCUUUCCACAAAGGACACAAAAUGGCAUGAGUGAUGCAGCCUGGGCUUUUAGGCAGCGAUCUCUGAGUGAUUUCAUCCCCCGCUCUCACCCUCACUUCGCUGCAUGUUACGGCAAUCUGCUCUCGGAGGGGAAGUGGCAGCUCGCAAGAGCAGCUUUCCCCAUUCCUUCCCCUCCAUGAGGCAGUCCUUCUCCCCCCAGCGCAAACCUGGAAGGCUGCGAUUGAGCAAGCUGCACGCCCCCUUUGCCUCGCCGCCAAAACCAACAACCAGAAGUGCUCUUAUUACAACACUGGCACUAGCAUCGCUCAUUCAUUCAAGCUGAGACACUCGGAGCAUUUAUUAGGGGCUCGCCGCGGCUCACUCGCAGUCUCGUCUCCGCUGAAGUCUGACUUCGACUUUAGCUCCAGACAGCUCAGCUAUUUUCAGGAAGCAGCUGGAGAAUGCUGCCUCAAGGAGUGCUUUCUCUGCUUACGCUGUUCUGUGUUUUCAGGGCUUCUGUUUCUGUUCUGGAUGAAGAUGACGACUAUGAUCUCAUGUAUGUGAAUCUGGAUAACGAAAUCGAAGGUCCGGUUCUUGGGACUGAGGAAACUUCGUGUGACUGCCAGCGAGAGCACACCGAGUGGGACAAGCUCUUCAUCAUGCUCGAGAACUCGCAGAUGAAGGAGAACAUGAUGCUGCAGACAAUGGACGACAUCCUGAAGGUGGACCUGCAGACGCUUAGAGCAGAACUGAGCCAGCUCGCUGCCAGCCUCGCUGGCACCUUCAGCACUGCGGUCGAGAAAGUCACUGCCCACGUCAUCUCACAGGUAGAGCAGGCACUUGUGAGGAGCAGUGACCAAGGUGAAGAAGCCAAGGGGCUUCACGAGUCCCAGCAAGGAAAGCUUCUCGAGCACGUUCUGUUACUGAGCCACAACGUGUCCAACAGACUCAGCCGUCUGGAGAGCGCUUGCCUGAGAAGAUCUGAGGCGGAGGCUCAAGAAACAGCUUUUCAGCAGGACAAAUUCAGUCCCACCAGAGAAGACAACCUCAUUUUGAACUCUCUGUGGAAAGAGCUACAGCAGAUGAGAGCUGAACUGAAGGCAUCGCAGAAAUGGGCAGCUCAGCACUUGCUGCCAGCAGGCUGCGAAACAGCAAUUCUAUUCCCAAUGCGUUCAAAAAAGAUCUUUGGGAGCGUUCAUCCAACUGCUGAAAUGACCCUCCGCUCCUUCACUGCUUGCAUCUGGAUCAAAGUGACUGAGGUUUUGGACAAAACUAUUGUCUUCUCCUAUGGAACCAAGAAAAAUCCAUACGAAAUUCAGCUUUAUCUCAGCCGUGAGUCUGCAGUGCUUGCUGUUGGCAGCGACCAGCGCAAGUUAGUUGUCAAAAAUGUAAUUGUUCCUGGGAAGUGGAUCCACCUCUGUGGCGCCUGGAGCUCGGACAACGGGACCGCGUCCCUGUGGGUGAACGGUGAACUCGCAGGCACUGCCGCGGGCGUUGCUGACGCUCACACUGUUCCAGACGGAGGAAUUUUGCAGAUCGGUCAGGAGAAGAAUGGCUGCUGUGUUGGAGGUGGAUUUGAUGAAGCUUUAGCCUUCUCAGGAAAAUUAACAGGCUUUAACCUGUGGGACAGAGUGCUCAGCACCGAAGAGAUAGCAGCGCUGAGCGGAGAAGAUGCGUGCAGUAUCAGGGGCAACAUCAUCGGGUGGGGAGUCACAGAAGUUCUGCCAUACGGAGGAGCUCAGUAUGUUUCUUAAACUCUUGUAAAACAGUUUCUGAAGCAGAGAACGUAUUUCAUUAAGAGCAGAAUGCCAAUGCAUACAAGUACACAGAGCUGAAAGAGCCUGCACCUCCCAACCUCCCAAGGAAGACUAGCACUGCAAGUUUACAGAAUGAGGUACUGUGGAGAUGGGAUUUGAUCUCUACCUGCUGUUUUGGCAAAACACUGAAAAUAACACAUCAAGGCUUGACAUUGGAAAAGCUAUUCCUGAGGUCAGACGACCGCUGUCUCUCUGGCUUACAUAUAAAAAUGAGUGCCACUGUGGACUGAGCAGAACCGGACUCCUACAGUUCCUGCUAAGCUCCUACAUGUCUCCGCAGAACAGAUGCAAAGCCGCACAUCUUCCAGGCUUCUCCAGUUGUUGGUUUUUAUAGUGCUAAUGUCAAUUGUGCAGAGGAACCACAAAAGCCAAGAAGCAUGUUGUUUAUUAAGUGUUGUUAGUAAUUUGUAGACUACAAUAAAACUAGCUUCUUGUUUAAAGCAUUAUUUAAUGCCACGGAUUGACCUAACAUAUAAAAGUAAUAUUCACCAUCAUAAUCCGAUGUUACAUUCUGAGAAAACACAGCUGUAUUAUACUGUAAAUUGACUUUGUAAUAAUUUUAUUGAAAUUAUUUUUGUAAAGUUGUUCUGUAAAUAAAGAUACUUUAC